AUGGAUGCCCCCAGUCAGUCCGGCCAUUUAUCGCUCUUUCCUCUGUUUUCUUUUCUGCGCCCUGGCGAUUCGGCGAUUCGGCGAUUCUUGUUGUUUUCUGCGCCGUUGCGAUCAGCAAUGGCAACCUCUCAGCAGCUGCAUCCGGUCGAUCUUCUUCAUCCUCAGGAGCAGCAGCCGCUGGCGACUUUUCUUCGUCCUCAGCGGCAGCAGCGACCGGUCAGGGUUCGGCGAGUAUGGGCUUCAAAUUUGGACCUUGAGUUCUCCAUCAUCGCCCGAGUGCUCCCUCGAUUUCCCAUGGUGUCUUUCGACACCGAGUUCCCGAGAUGCACCCUCCUCCCGCAGAAGCCGCACUACCUUCUCUCGGCGGACGAGCGCUACGCUUUCUUGAAGGCCAACGUAGAACGGUCGAAAUUGACCCAACUCGGUCUCACCCUCUUCGACGCCGAUGGCAAUCUUCCCGGCGGCGUUGGAGAGGCUUUCAUCUGGGAGUUCAAUUUCUGCGACUUUGACGUCUGUCGAGACAAAUUCGAUUACAAUUCGGAUGGAAUCGAUUUCAGAAUGCUAUUUCUCAAGGGGAUCGACCCCGGUCGCUUUGCUGCGUGCUGUCACAGUGCUGGUCUCGUACGUCAUUGUCCAUGCUGCUCCACCACCGCAGACUGGAUCGCCUUCGGCAGCGUAUACGACUUCGGUUACCUUGUAAAGGCUUCGUCUUUGGAUCAACUACUACCAGAUACUCUGAAUGAAUUUUUACUGCAAGUGACCUACUUGUUCGGUAAUUUUAUGGACGUCAAGAAUCUGAUGAGCCACUGUGAUGGAUUGUCCGGCGGAUUAGAGAAGGUUGCCAGGACUCUGGCGAUAACUCGGGAAGUUGGUGGCGCGCACGAGGCAGGGUCUGAUAGUUUGUUGACCACGAGAGUCUUCUUGGAGAUGAAAAAGCUGUUCUUCACAAAUGAAGCUGACAUGGCACCGUAUGGGAAUGUCAUUUGGGGUUUGUGA